AUGAGUUUCCUCGACUCUGUUCUCUCGUCCCUCGGGCCGACGACCAGACCUCCCCAAUCCCCGCUCUCUCAGUCACCUGUGCCGCCAGCUCCGUCCUCCAUUCCAAAGAAGGAAGACCGUAAUCUUCCCAACCUUCCUCGACCAGCACCAUCUCGACCAGCACCAUCAAACGAAACCACGAGUGGAAAUUUCAACGGAGGAAUCAAGCGCAAAGCCGAGGACCAGCUCCCACACCUUUCCAGACCUAGCAUUCAACCUCCCGCUAAAUCACCUGCUGUUCGGCCUGUGAUUUCGUCUGGAUCAGCAAAAGCUGCUCCGCCUGUUCCUAAAUCGGCAUCGGCCCCUAGUCUUAAGGCUAAGACUGCCUCGCCCAACCCAGUCUCUAAGAAUGGUACUCUGGGCUCGAGUAGGCCCGUUCCAACAAAGCCGGCUCCUCCUCGGGCUGCACCCGCCAAAGUCGUUCCCGCCAAGGCUGUUGCCACCAAACCUGCGGCUCCAGCAAAGGCGCCACCAAAGGGUUCAUAUGCCGCUUUGAUGGAAGCAGCCAAGGCUGCGCAAGGUAAAGCACCGACUCAAGUGGGCAUCAUCCGAAACCAAGCAGCUCCCAAAGAGAGAUUAAGCAAGGUGGAGCGCAAGCGACGACUUCUGGAGGCUCAAGAGAAGGAGAAGGCGGAGCGCAAGGCCAAACGAUUUGACCCUAGUUCAACGACCAAGGGGAAAGUUACACCGAAAAAGGUUGAGUCUGAUGCACCUUCAUAUAAGGGCACGGCCAAACCAUCGCGAACCCCAGAGCCAGUUUCAUACCGCGGCACUGCGAACCUACCGACCAAUCGAACCUCCAACGAUCGCCGCCCGCAUGGCAAACGCCGUAGGGAUGAAUACCUCGGGACCGAUGAAGAGGAGGAGGAGGGUGAUUACGGUGCUGAUGACUACGACAAUUACUAUUCUGACUCGUCUGAUGAUAUGGAGGCUGGAUUCGAUGCUGUCAAUCUGGAAGAAAAUACUGCUCUUAGGAUUGCCCAAAAGGAUGACGAAGAGGAGCUACGGAUGGAGACGCUCGCGAAGAAGGCGAAAUUUGAACGCCAACAGAAAUUGGCUGCGCUCGCAUCUCGAACCAAACGAUAG